AUGCAAUCUAUGGGAAUCGGUGGCGGAUUCAUCAUGAAUAUUUAUAUAAAGGAAGAGAACAAAGCGUACACUCUGGAUGCACGGGAAAUAUCGGCGAAAGCAGCAACCGAAGACAUGCAUGUACAUGAUCCUUCAACUACGAAUGAAGGACCCCUAUCAAUUGCAACACCAGGCGAACUAAAAGGUUAUUGGGAAGCACACAAAAGAUUCGGAAAGUUACCAUGGAAAGAAGUAUUGCAACCUUCUAUUGAUAUUUGCAAUAAUGGGUUUCAAAUGUCUAAACACAUGUAUGAUUCAAUACACAUUAACCCAAGAAUUAAACAUGACAAACAAUUACGUGAAAUGUUUGUAGAUGCCAAUACACACGAAUUUCAUAAGGCGGGUACUCUUAUAAAACCAUCUAAACUCUGUCAAACGCUGAUAUACAUUGCCGAAAAUGGAGGAAAUUCUUUGUAUGAUGGCAAACUUGAGGAUGAUUUUGUUGAAGAUCUCAAAGAAAUGGGCAGCAUUAUAACCAAGGAGGAUUUAGAUUCUUAUAGCGUUCGCUGGGAUGAUUCAAUUCCAAUCAAAAUCAAUGGGGAUACAAUGUUUGUGAUUCCACCACCCGGCAGUGGUAUUUUGCUAGGCUUUAUUGUUAAUAUUUUACGGAACUAUAAUUUUGGACCUGAAAAUGUAUCUACUGUUAAUGAAACAAUUUUGACAUAUCACCGUAUAAUAGAAGCAUUUAAACAUAGUUAUGGCAAACGCACAUUGAUUGGUGAUCCAAAGUUUGUAAACAUAGAUGAGUUAGUUCGAAACCUGACAUCGCCAGAAUAUGGUGAAGAGAUGAGAUUGGAAAUAGAAGAUGACAGUACGAAGAUGAACCCUAGUGAUUAUGGUGGUGAAUUCUACAUGAAGGAUAAUCAUGGAACAGCCCAUAUUUCGUUAUUAGGGCCCACGGGAGAUGCGGUAUCUGUAACCAGCUCAGUAAAUUUCUAUUUCGGAGCAGGAUUAUCUGGCAAGCGAACUGGAAUCAUUGUUAACAGUGGCAUGGAUGAUUUUUCGUCCCCUGGACUGAAAAACUAUUUUGGGUUACCCGGUACUGAAUGUAACUAUAUAAGACCCCAAAAAAGAGCUCUGUCCUCGAUGUCCCCAACAAUCAUUGUAGGAAGCAACGGAAAUGUGAAAUUGGUAGUUGGAGCUGCUGGCGGUACAAAAAUCACUACGGCAGUUGCAAUGGUAAAAUAUCGUUGA